AUGGCGCCGCCGCCGGUGAUUCCGCGGGAGGCGUGGGACGGCUGCAGCGUGCUCCUCGACAUCAACGACGGCGACCGCCUCGCCUUCUUCCGCCUCACCCCCGGCGCGACGGUGAAGAUAGGGGACAAGAGCUGCUCGCUGCAGCCGCUGCUCGGCCGCCCCUUCGGCUCCCUCUUCCGCGUCGGCCCCGACGGCCUCGUCCCCUGCGCCGCCACCGACGCGUCGUCUCAAGAUGAUAAGGCACGAGACGGCGGCGGCGCCGGUGGCCAGGCGCAGGACGAGACCAGGGACAAUAGGUCCCUGGUUGACAAUAACACAGCGCAGACGCUGUCGAGCGAGGACAUAGAGGCGAUGAAGCGAGAGGGUGCGAGCGGCGACGCGAUUGUGGAGGCCUUGAUAGCAAAUAGCUCCACAUUUGGAAAUAAGACAGUUUUCUCACAGGAGAAAUACAAACUGAAGAAACAAAAGAAAUAUGCACCGAAAGUGCUUCUGCGACGCCCCUCUUCCAGAAGUAUUUGUGAGACAUAUUUCAAGAAGUACCCAGCUCGAAUAGGGUUUAUGCGAGUUGAUGCGCUCUCCCUCUUGUUGUCUAUGGCAAAUGUUGGUGCAUAUUCAGAUGUGCUUGCCGUUGAUAUGGUGGGGGGUUUAGUUGUUGGAGCUGUAGCUGAACGCUUAGGAGGUACAGGAUAUGUUUGUAGCACAUAUCUUGGAUCAGCGCCCAGCUCCAUAGAUAUAAUAAGAAUGUAUAAUUUGAGCAGCGACAUGACCAGCAGGAUUUUCCAGGCACCACUUGGUGACCUCUGCUCCUUGCAAAGUGUUGGCGAUGCUCCUUCUGUUCUCAGUGGCAGCAUUCAAUGUGAUGUAGUUGAACCUGCUGCUGUACCAGAUGAGAGUCUUCAGUCAUCCCCUGCAAAACCUAUUAAUACAGCAGUAUCAGAUGGGAAUGCGCAGUCAAUGACAGUGCAGCCAAUUAAUAUGGAGGUCCCUGAGCCUGCAACGGAUGAUCACCUUAAUCAAGGUGACAUUUCUAUGUCGGAUUGCAAAGGAAGUAAUGGCAAUUCAAUAGCUCCCAAAGCACCGAGAGCAGGAAAAGCACCCUCACCAGAGAGGAUGAAAUACUGGGGAGAACAUGGGUUUAGCAGUUUGAUUGUUGCUGCUCCUGACCAUGAGGUAGAAAGUGUGGUUGCGGAUUUGCUUCCACUCCUGUCUUAUUCGGCCCCAUUUGCUAUCUAUCACCAAUAUCUUCAGCCUCUUGCGACAUGCAUGCAUAGUUUGCAAGCAUCGAAAAUGGCAAUUGGGUUACAGAUUACUGAACCCUGGCUCCGAGAGUAUCAGGUCCUUCCAUCGCGCACCCACCCACACAUGCAGAUGAAUGCGUUUGGUGGUUAUAUCUUGAGCGGCAUCCGGAUACACAAGCCUGACCCCUAG